AUGACUCCAACAACUAUAACACUGGAAAAAAUGGAUUUCUCAGCGUCCGGCCCUUACGCGUGCGAAAUUGCACUCGAAAUACCACUUUAUUCGAAGGCGUCCAAAAUACACGAAGUGAGCGUUAUUGUUCGACAAAAAUACCGUCCAAAAAUAAAGAUCAAGCAUAAAAAAUUAUCAUCCAACGACGAUCUGGAAGCAAGUUGUCAAAGCGCGCCCGCAUAUCCUGCGCCGCAUCUAACAUGGCUUAUCAACAACGUUAAGGUGGACGAAAGACUAACUAUACCCCACGGCACAGUGAACUCGCACCGACAUCACCACGGCAUGCCGCUGUCUCAAACAAAUUCAUCUUUGAUAUUUCCUCUUAGCAGUCUUCAGUUAUAUCCGAAUCAGAGCGUGAUUAUAACCUGCUUGAGCACGAUACCGAGUUAUGCGUAUCUAAAUGAAGGGUUUGCGGACGUCCAAAAUUAUACCAUAUCAGUUAACGUCGUUCGCAUGGAACCGACACCUACGCAGUUGCCAGUAAAAAUAAUAAGCCCAGAAAUAAACCAGUCAAGUUCUUUAAUGAUAAGGCAUAAUGUUGUACUACCAUUGGUUGUUACUAUUUUACGUAUUAUGAAAAAAAUACUAGUU